AUGCAUCGUAUCAUAGAUCUUGAAUACGCUGAUGAUGUAGUCCUUUUUACUGACAGUUAUAACAAAGUGCAAGUAAUAUUAAAUAAUGUGUCAGAAACUGCAACAAGAAUCGGACUCAGGAUCAAUGUAAAUAAAACGAAAGUCUUUUCGUCUUAUGUGCAAGAAGCUGAUCAAAUACCUCUUUUUGUAAAUUCAUUGCCGGUUGAGGAAGUGCCUGAUUUCAAAUAUACCUUGGGUCCACUCUAA